AUGGCCCCCGGGGGGAUCCCUGGGGUCGCCAGGAACUGCUGGGCUGGGGCUCUAAUAGUGGCGAUAGCACUGAGAACUCACAGAGCUCAUUGCACAGACCCUCCAGAGCAUUUCCUGCUGCAGGAGAAGUCUGAGUGUCACUACACCAACGGCAUGCAGCGGGUGAGGUAUCUGAAAAGACUGAUCUGGGGCCAGCAGGAGAUCUGUUACUAUGACAGUGACUUGGGCUUCUCGGUGGCCCGCACGGAACUGGGUCGGCCGAUCGCGGAGUAUUGGAACAGGCUGGAGUGGCUGAGCUACUUGUGGGCUUCAGUGGAGAAGUUCUGCAGUUAUAACCAUAGGAGAUUUAAGAACAUCACUGUGGGUAGGCGAGUUAAGCCCAGAGUGAAAAUUUCCACCCUGAAAGCAGAGUCUUCCCACCGCCCCAGCUUGCUGGUUUGCUCUGCAACAGGGUUUUAUCCUUCCGAGAUAGCGACCAAGUGGUUCAAAAAUGGGCAGGAGGAGACAGCCGGAGUUGUAUCCAGGGAGCUGCUACAUAAUGGAGACUGGACCUUCCAGAUCCAGGUGACGCUGGAAACAAAACCCAGGUGGGGAGAUGUCUACACAUGCCAAGUGGAGCACAUCAGCCUGCAAACGCCCAUCACCAUGCAAUGGGUGGCACAGCCUGACUCUGGCAAAAGCAAGAUGUUCAUUGGAAUUGGGGGCUUCGUACUGGGGUUGAGCUUCAUGGUGCUGGGACUCCUCGUCUACCAGAAGAAUAAGAAAGGGUACCCGUGCUUGGACACUGCAGAAUCUCAGGCUGCUGGGAGUGACAGGGGCAGCUCUACAAACUUACUGCUCUGUGCCUAAAUCCUUCCAAGUUCUGUGAAGGGCCAUCUCUAAAUCUUCCCUUAACCCUCUGUAUUCAUGCAUGAGCCAUUACUCUUUCCUUUCCCCUCGCUAGCUGUUUUUUGUGGGCUCUUGCUCAGGUCACUACUGUGCUGCCUCUGAUGGAGGGAAUCACCACUUUCCCUCAAUCGUAGCAGGUUUCCCUCCUGCCAACUUUUCCUGCCACCCCGCCCCAGAUUUAACUGCUCUGCAAUUAAAGAACCAAAGUGCUUGUAGAUCUGAGAUUGUCCUUCAGGGGCUGAUUUCAUGCAAGCUGUUGACUUGGGGAAUCUCCAGUGGAAGAGGAGGGAAGGAUCCAGCUUUCAUAUGGAGCUGAGGAUGGAUGUCCCGCAACUCAGAGUGCAGCAUG